GGCAGAACUAAAAUCUGAGCCCAGAUUGUCUGACUUUUAGGCCCUAUGCUCCGCUUCUUUCUACUUUCAGCUGCAUUUAAGAAGUUAUAAUGAAAGUAGAGCUUGUUAGUCAUCUUGAGAGUCUAUCUAGGGUGCACAAGCAAAGGACUUGAAAAACGUUGUGCUGUAUCUAGUCCCCAUGAUUUCUGAUGGGAAAUCUGCUGUCAGUCAAAUGGUUUUCUCCUAGGGAGUGCAAUCUGGAGAAGACAUACUGCAAUUCAUUGUCAAGGCACAGAAGUGACUAGCAAACAGGAGCCUGAGAGGGAAACGCCAGCCACUCAAGGACUGUCAAAAUGAGUGACAGCACUGUUUUGGUCCCUCCAACUUCAAGCCAGGGGCCGACAACUCCACGCAAAGGCCCCCCCAAGUUCAAGCAGAGGCAGACUCGCCAAUUCAAGAGUAAACCUCCUAAGAAAGGUGUGAAAGGGUUUGGAGAUGACAUUCCAGGCAUGGAGGGGCUGGGAACAGAUAUCACGGUGAUUUGUCCCUGGGAGGCAUUCAGCCACCUGGAAUUGCAUGAACUUGCCCAGUUUGGGAUUAUCUGAAGCAUCAGAUGUUCUACCACUCUCAACAACAUCCACUGUAACUUUCAUCAAUUUUGCCCUAUUGAUCUGCCAGAGUUUUGACAUUCAGUUAUUCAGAAGUGGUUUCUUUGACUUACAAGGUCAUUUUAAAACAUCAAUUACCAUCAAGAGUUCUCUUAGCAUCAGAAUCUUUCUUGCCGUGUAGCUCAGCUCAGAAUAGUUGAUUAAAGACUUAUUUUGGUCGAAGCAUUUCAAACUUUACCACUCUUUUCAAUUACCUGAUUAGAAGUCAUCAGUAUUUCUCUAUUUUUGUUUAUGUGUAAGUGCUUAGACCCUAUUUUUGCUAGGCAUUCAUUAUGCUAGUAACAGACAUUUAAGGUAACAUUUAUGUCAUUCCUCUCUCCUUAUUUAUUAAAGAAGAUAUUUACUUUGAAUCUUAUGGUGAAAAUGUAUUCAAUGCCAUAUGUAAAUAUCUGAUGCCCUGUUCUGAGAGCCAGUUAAAAAAAGUCUCAGUCAUAUAGGAAACAAACACAGUGCAUACAAAAGAGCAUAGGGUUAAGAUUCAAGUCCAAAUUCUGCUUUGUAAAGUCAUGUACUUUCUGGGUCCAAAUUUCAUUAAACUAGAUUAUCCCAGAUGUCCUAUGUAGUUCAAAAUGGCAUAGUUCUAAGCCCAUGGAAAACUGAAGAUUUAAACUCAGAAUUUUGAUGAUGUGAGCCUUCUUUUCAGUGUCCCGCUUCAGGAAGAGUCCCCUUCACAGCAUUCCGUCAAUGAAAUUAUUCCAUCCAAUGGCUUAAGAAGAGAGUCACAGGUUAUUUGUACAAACUUUGGCUGGCCUUUUGUGCAUCUAUAAUCAAUCACCUUUGAACUGUCAAUGGAUUCUUUAGAGAAAUAAAGAGAAAAUAAAUCAGUAAAAUUUUUUAAAAAGAAAUUCAAUGGAAAAGACUUGUAUGCUGUAAAGUUUCUAAUCAGGUGCAAAAAGAUCAUUGAUCCUUUAAAUAAAAUGAAGGUUUGCCUCACCCCUAAA